AUGGGAUCUCUGGGUGGCAUCUCCCCCGGCGGGAGCAUAGCUCUGGGAAUCAUCGUCGGUCUCAUGUCGACUAGUGUUCAGAGCCUCGGCUUGACGUUGCAGCGAAAGUCGCAUAUCCUCGAAGACGAAAAGGGCCCCCACGACGUCCGUCGUCCGCCCUAUCGCAGACGGCGAUGGCAGCUCGGCAUGGCCAUGUUCAUCAUCGCGAAUCUGCUCGGAAGCACGGUGCAGAUCUCGACGCUGCCGCUGCCCGUUCUCUCGACGCUUCAAGCCGCCGGCUUGGUCUUCAACUCGAUAUGCGCCACGCUCAUCCUCAGCGAACCCUUUACGCGAUGGUCCCUUUGCGGUACGCUCCUUGUCACGACUGGCGCCAUCCUCAUCGCCAUCUUCGGCGCCAUCCCCUCCCCUGCGCAUAACUUGCAUGAGCUCCUGGGGCUCAUGGCUCGAAAGCCCUUUGUCGCGUGGAUGAUUUUGCAAGCCUUAUUCGUCAUCAGCAUCGCCGUUGUCGUAGAUGUCGUCAACAACACGACGAGUCUUUCGCACAACUCUCGGUUCCGCCUCAUCCGCGGCAUCAUGUACGGCGUCAUCAGCGGCGACCUUUCCGCCCAUGCUCUCCUCUUCGCUAAAUCGGCCGUCGAGCUCGUCAUCAAGACAAUAGGCGGUGACAACCAGUUCUCCCAUUGGGCAUCCUGGAUGAUUGUGCUGGUCCUCGUGAUCUUGGCGCUGUGCCAACUCUACUACCUACACCGAGGUUUGAAGCUCGUCUCCACAUCGGUCCUCUAUCCUCUCGUGUUUUGCGUCUACAACAUUAUCGCUAUCCUGGAUGGAUUAAUAUAUUUCAACCAGACCGGUCUCAUCUCGCCACUGCGGGCCUGCCUCAUCUCUCUCGGGACCGUCAUUCUCCUGUCGGGCGUCUUGGCACUAUCCUGGCGGCUCAGCGACGAGCAGCACGCCCCUGGUGUUGGUCAAUCAACAUUGGCUCCCGGACUGGGGCUUGUCGAAGACACGGAAGACGAAGAAGAAUCUUUGCUGGGGUCGGAGGCUGUCGUCGAGGACGACGUCACUCCGACGUACCAGACGUUCCCGCCAGCCCACGGCGAGACCACUCCGAUGACGCCCCCACGCAAGAAGAGCUUCCGCUGGGCAGAACGUGCCGAGAUAUGGGGCGAGUUGGCGGACCAACGAGACUCGUCUACGCCUAUAGGCAGGCUGCGGGCGGACAGCGGCUCCGCCGAGGCAGCCGAGGCGGGACUCAGCAGCGAGUCGGCCCCUCAGAAGCUGGCCCGGCGGCGGAGGAGGAGUACCGGGUUCCCCGGCCUCGUGGCGCGGAGAAAUCUUCGGGCAAGAAGCUCGUCGACGUCAGGGUCGCUACGAAACAUGCUGACGCUGGGCUGGUGGACGAACCGGAGCAACCGCUCGUCCGCCGUCAGCGCCUUGCGGUCCCAGACUCGAGAUCAUAACCCAGAAGGAGACGGAUAA